UGCAAUAAUUUGUUUUGUUGUUUGUCACGAGUCACGACCAUGAUACGUCGUUUUUAUUGAUUUGUUUUCUUUAUUUACGAUUAAAACAUUAUUUAUUACUAGUGAUUUUGUCUCAUUACAAGCCGCUAGUCCAUCGCGGCUUUGAUUACAAAGUAUUCUGGAAUAAAUAUCUUCAAGAGAGUGUGAAGACAAAAUGAAGGAAUGCAUAAUUCUGCUGUUGCUGGGACUAACAGCGUCCGCAUAUGCCGAGUUUGUGCGAGUACCGUUGUAUCGGAUGAAAACUGUCCGUAACCAUCUCCGUGAAGUCGGCACGGAGUUGCAGACAACGAGGAUCAAGUAUGGACUGGGGGGUCCCACACCCGAGCCCCUGUCUAACUACUUAGAUGCGCAGUACUACGGACCGAUCUCUAUCGGCACGCCGCCACAGACGUUCCGCGUGGUGUUCGACACCGGCUCCUCCAACCUAUGGGUGCCCAGCAAGAAGUGCCACUACACCAACAUUGCAUGCCUGCUGCACAACAAGUACGACAGCAGCAAGUCGUCGACGUACGAGCGGAACGGCACUGAAUUCGCGAUCCACUACGGCUCCGGUAGCCUGUCCGGCUUCCUCUCCGCAGACACCGUCGGGGUCGGCGGACUCGCUGUCAAACAGCAGGUGUUCGCGGAGGCGCUGUCGGAGCCGGGGCUGGCCUUCGUCGCCGCCAAGUUCGAUGGCAUCCUCGGCAUGGCUUUUAGCAGCAUCAGCGUGGACGGCGUGACGCCGGUGUUCGACAACAUGGUGGCGCAGGGGCUUGUGAAACCAGUCUUCUCCUUCUAUCUCAACAGGGACCCGGCGGCGGCGCAGGGCGGCGAGAUAAUCCUGGGCGGGUCUGACCCGGCGCAUCACCGCGGCGACUUCACCUACGUGCCGCUCUCCCGCGCCACCUACUGGCAGUUCAACAUGGAUGGCGUCCAGGUGGCGGGUCACAAGUUCUGCGCGGGCGGGUGCCAGGCGAUCGCAGACACGGGCACGUCGCUGCUGGCGGGGCCGGUCGCCGACGUGGCCGCCAUCAACGCCGCGCUCGGCGCCACCGUGCUGCCCGGCGGCCAGGCCACGCUCGACUGCUCGCUGCUGCCCAAGCUGCCGGCGGUCACCUUCACGCUGGCCGGCCACGACUUCGUGCUGCAGGCGACGGACUACGUGCUGCGCGUGACCGAGUUCGGCAAGUCCGUCUGUCUGUCCGGCUUCAUGGGGAUCGACAUCCCGCCGCCCAACGGCCCGCUGUGGAUCCUGGGGGACGUCUUCAUCGGGAAAUACUACACCGAGUUCGACGUCGAGAAUAAGCGCGUGGGAUUCGCCACCGCCGCUUAGAUUGUAGACACUCGCAAUAAUUUUAACUAAAAUGUAGUCGUAUCACGUAAGCGACCUCAGUUGCUUGUUUUGCUGAAGUCUUUAAUCUUGUAGUAAACCAAAGAUGUAAUAGUUUUUGCUCUCUAAGUGUCGCAUGUUUCGAAUUUUGCAUGUUUUUAUCGAUUAUCGAAUAAACGCUUUAAAGUUA